CGAGGGGCGGGGCCAGGAUGGAGCCGCCGCCGCUGCCGGGGUCCGUGAGCGGCCCGGGCGGCCCCGGGCCCGCGCUGCGCUCCGAGAAGACACGGGAGCUCUCCGAGGUCGUCUUCAACAACCACAGCCCCCGCUACGUGCUGCCCGUCUGGCUGGACUUCGAGGGCCUGCCGCAGGGCUACCCGGUCCUGAAGCCGCGCACCGGACGCGUCAUGCGCAGCUACCGCGGGCACCUCUGGCUGUUCCGGGAUGCAGGGACCAACGAUGGGCUCCUUGUCAACCAGCAGGAGCUGUUUGUGGUAGCCCCCAACGUGACCAAAGCUGACAUCACACUGCCAGUGUUCACCCUGAAGGAGAGAUGUCUGCAGGUCGUGCGCAGUCUGGUCAGCCCGGUGGACUACAGGAAACUGGACAUUGUUCAGUCAUUAUAUGAAGAGCUGGAGGAUCAUCCAGAUAUUUCAAAGGAUCUUCAGCGGCUUUCUCUGGAGAGGAGUGAACCGUUGAGCAAUGGAAUUCUGGAAUAACACGAUUACUCACUUCAGACUCUUCAGUAGCAAACCACUGAGUUUGAGCAGCGAGAGUCACCAGGAAACACACCAAGAACCGAUGCUUCCAUUUAAAAUUCUGGAACAUAAACUCAGUUAGGUUGGUGAUGGUAAGCCAGAUCCCAAAGACUGAACAGCACCUGGAGUGUGCCAGCUUGUGAUGGUUCAGGUUUGUUCCUCGUUACGUGUAUCACAAGCUGACGGCUCCGGAGGCCUCGCGCGGAUGAAGCUCAGAAGUUUGGACACUGCGUAGGGAUGUAAGAUCAGGGCAGCUAUAUGGAACUUAUUCAUACAGAGUAACUCUCAUUGUAUUGGAAAGGAAAUUACACCAAGGAUUAAUUUAACCCAGACUAAUGGUUCUAAGUGGCAGAUCAACACCGGUUUUGUACGAGUAAUUUGUUUUGAUGGAAUUUCCCUGUCAUGCAUGCCUCGAUGUGCCUGUGGGUCACAGCGUGGGGGUUUGUAUGUCAGGGUUUCCAGUACCACCUGAAGACCUGACAAACGUUAUGUUGGUGGAAAAAUGAUGUGUAAAGGCUUGGGGUUUUUCUGCCUCUUACCUUUGCACUUAUACAAACCCGUGUUGUAUCUGCACUGCAGCUGACGCAUUUUUACUCAUAUCAUACCUUGAAUGCCUUAUUUGCCUUCAUGAUUGGAUUGUUGCCUGGCUGAUCUCAGCCACAGAGACCAGAUCCUAGCUUUGGGACACCUUUGUCCUUCGCAGCUACUUUCCCAGCAGCCUGUACAGGGUUCACAGGAGGUAGAUGCUUUGAGUCCUGCCUCUUCCCAUCACAGUGCUGUGGUCCAGGUCACAGUGGGGGGCCUUUUUGGGCCUGUCUCCUCAGGACCAACAGGGGCUGUAUGGGCUCACACAGCCAGUUCACAGGCAGGGCCAUGCUUUGUGGCAGGCUGGAGAAAGAGAGAUAGCAUUUCUUUGCCCAUAUUCUGUCCCCCACACCUCAGUGAAAUGUGUCCUCGUGUGAAUGCACAGAGUUGAAAGCAGCAUAGUUUCAGCAGACAUAUGAAUUUUCCACCAGUAACAGAUGUGGUGCUGCUCAGGUAGAAGCAGGCUGGCAGGAGAUCACAGCAGGUUAUGUCUGUGCAUACAUUUGUUUGCAGUUGUACAUUCUGGGAGCAGCUGUGAAACUGAGAAUCUCAAUGUAUUCUGUAAGUACGGAAUGUCUCCCCUAUUUGUUGACUUGUCUUUCUUAUGUAUUUGAAGUGUAUGAAUUGAUCUUUGACAUAAAAAUCCACACUACCUUUCGGACUGAUUCUGUCAGGUACCUCGCAGUGCCUAUGUGUUUGUAUCCCUGUGAUACUUGGACAGUCGUGGUUGAUCAGUAACAGGCACUUUGGACUGUACAACCUGCCCAGCCCAUUGCUGCAGGACUGUGCUGUGGCUCACAAGACCUGUCAGCACAGCUUUGGGCAGUGUCUGGGCAGAAGGAGUACGUGGCAAGUUCUGCUCUUACCACCUCUCAUAGAUCUCUGAAGGGAAAGGGUGCCCAUAUGGGCCUCGGGAGCAGACGGGUCAGUGCCCCAGGGAGGCUGAGGGUGGGAGGGUCUGCCCUGCCCAUACCCAGGAGGAGGUUCCCUCCUGAGGCCUUGCACUUCGAUGAGCGUGGCGGUUCCACUGGGCCCUGGCAGAAAAUUGGCCUGCUUGGCCACAGCUUUUCCUGUAACAGAGUGGGCAUUAGAUGUUGGCUUUAACAGAUCUGUACGUGGCACACACGUUCUGGGUAUUUCUGAGCUGGCUGGGGUCUGUGAUCUCUUGUGUUGCUUAUUAGAGUGUAUUUUUCUGUUCUGGAAUGCUCCUUUGGGUCAGAACAAAAGGCUGGAGAAACCCCAUGUGGCUCUAAAUCAUGAACAUUGGGAAAUGGAGCCUCCUGCUAGUUACUCAGCAGCAUUAGCAAUAAAUGAAUGUCGUCAUUGACUUGUGGCAGCUUCACUAACACUGGGUGGUUUCAGGCAGUCCCAGCCCCGCCUCGGUGGCCAUCCUGGAGCAGUGGUGAGAGCCAGGGCUCAGGGCCAGCCCCAGGGCUCUGCUGUGGCAGGAAGUGGUGAGGCACAGCUGAAGGGGAGAAAUAACAAAUGGUUCUCAUGUGUCCAUGGGCUCCAGGAGAGCCCGCAGCAGUUGAGUCCUGCCCACACCACACUGUUGGAAAGGGAAGGCUGAACUGCAUGAAUAUACAGGAUCGUUCUAGUCUGUUUGGAAAGUCAUUCCAGUUUCCCUGUAAGACCCUGCAUUACAUGUAAUGUUGGGAGCAGAACUGAAGCCAGCCAUGGAGUUGGAUGUGUUCUUUCCCCUCAUUUUCCCCUGAGGCAAAUAGUCUAAAAGGUUUCACAAGUUUUUCUAGUACCCAAGGGGAAGAAGUGUCUUUUCUUCCUGCUUUUAUCCAGUUCUUUGCAACACAAUUUCAGUCUCAUCUUACAUCACUUCCAGAGAUGCUCUGUCUUCCCAUGACAGAAUUUAGAUGUAUGUCAGAGGGACAGUAAGCAGGGAAAAUGAAGGGAAAAACCCCAUAAAUGCAACUAUUGUUGAACUGGUACUACUGCUAAAACAGCUCAUCUCAAGGCAGUCUUUGAGUUGUCAUAUUUUAAAUAAUAAUACACUUUGGAUAUUUUUGUUUAGGUUUUUUUCUGUCUUUUGACCUUAUAGCUUUAUCAAUAUCACAUUUUUUCAGCUUUUCCCUGCUAAUAUGGGCUAAGAAAUUCGUUGUUACUUGAGUAGUAUUUGAGAGGUUCAUGAUUUCUUAGGCCAGAAGUGUAAAAAACUGCCAAAGUUUGAAGGUUUGAUACUGAAAACAGUUAGUUGUACUGUUAUGUAUAUGCAGAGUACAAAGAAAUAGUAAAUUAAAAGCUCUCAAAACUUA